UUACCACUUUGAGCUUUCAGCCGCAGAGACGCACCCGACAAGAAGAAGAUGUUCCUGUUCCUGAGAUAUUUGUCAAGAACCGUCCACGAAGAGCAGCAGUUUGAGAAUGAAUACAAACGCCUCGCGUCCUUGUGCAAGACGAUCCCGAACGAGGAUCGACACCAGAUCGGAGAACCCCGCCAUGAUAGUAACGCGGAAGAGGCCUGCGUUUCCUUCACGGUGUGGAGGAAGUCGCUCCUGAUCAACUGCAAUGGCUUCACGGUGAUUGACUCGCGCGGGGACAUAGUCUACCGAGUUGACAGCUACGGCGGGCGUCCGCGGGAGGUCGUCCUCAUGGAUGGUGCCGGCAAAUCCGUCCUCACCCUGCGCCGACUCAAGAAACUACUUGCAAGGCCGGAUGACUGGCUGGUCUAUGAAGGCGAGGACCGCGACAACGGACCUUCUUACAAAUCUAGCAAAUUAUCAAGAAAGAAACCUAUCUGCUGCGUAAGGAGGCGGGUUGGCAUCUUACGUGCUGCUUCCAAUGCAAUCGCAUAUGUGUGCCGUGCCAUGCCGGGUAAGGCACGGGAGUACGUGAUCGAGGGGUCGUAUGCGAACCGGUCGUGUAAAGUGCUCGAGGAGUCAUCGCGAGAUGUGGUGGCAGAAAUCAAGAGGAAGGAGGCUAGUCCUGGCGGGGGUUCGUUUGGGACGGAGGUGUUCUCGCUGGUUGUGCGGCCGGGGUUUGACUGCGGUUUCGCCAUGGCUCUUGUUCUGCUGUUGGAUCAAAUGUUUUCCUAGGCAUGAGAAUGAGGAAGAACAAGAGAGAAUUUGCGGAUGGCUUUUUGUUGAAUCAAAUGUUUUCCUAGGAAUGAGAAUGAGAGAGAACAAGAGAGAAUUUGCCGA